CGUUGACUGUUGUGGUAGAAAUUAGCCUUGCAGUCGGGCCAGCUGUCUGUGACACUGUUGGUCUUCAUCAGUGUGAAUAAAGUCCGGACGCGAGCGGGUCACAGCUGCACGAGAGGCUCGUCUCUACAGGACGAACAGUGUUUGGAUCAGGUGUCCAGGUGUCCAGGUGACUCCAGAGGACAGUAUGAGCUCUAAAGGAGGCGGCACCGCUCUGACUCGCCGCAACUACAGACUGGCCUCAGACACAGAUAAACCCAGAAGUACAGGUAUCGUGAAUGAGAAGUUGCUGAGUGACUACCUCCAUCAUGUGUUUCCAUCCACCAAACAGGGACCUGCUGUGGCCUCCCUCAGGAAGCCUCUCGGUUUCCAGGAUCUCAGUGCUCACCUGGAGAGAUUGUUGUCUGAGGGAGAACCCACUGAGGACAGCAGAGAUCAGCCUGUUGAAGGGCGUCUGGGCCCUCAGCCCGUCGUCCUGGAUCACACCAGCGGCUUCGAGGGACUUCUGUUUGUAGAUGACGACCUGCUGGGGGUCAUCGGCCACAGCAACUUCAGCUCCAUCAGAGCCACCACAUGUGUUUAUAAAGGGAAAUGGGCCUACGAGGUGCUGAUCUCCUCCCAGGGUCUGAUGCAGAUCGGCUGGUGUACACUCAACUGUCGCUUCAACCAGGAGGAGGGUGUUGGCGACACUCCAGACUCGUACGCUUACGAUGGAAACAGAGUGAGGAAGUGGAACGUGACGACCACCAACUAUGGAAAGUCGUGGGCGGCCGGAGACAUCGUCAGCUGUCUGAUAGACCUGGACGAGGGAACCAUCACGUUCUAUCUGAAUGGUCAGUCUCUGGGUACAGCGUUCACCAACAUUAAGAUGGGACCGGGCGUGGCUUACUUCCCUGCCAUCAGCCUCUCCUUUAAAGAGUCGGUGGCUUUUAACUUCGGCAGCAGACCCCUCAGGUACCCUGUGGACGGCUACCUGCCCCUCCAGAACCCCCCGACUGCAGACCUGCUGAAGGCUCACAAGCUGCUGGGCUACAUGAAGAACGUCCUCUCCACCACCAUCGACACACAGGAGGAGAGGCUGGUGGAGAAGGACUAUGCAGUGUGGAGGCUUCAUGGAGAACCUACAGUCCUCAUCACUCUGGCUCACAUCUUCAACCACUUCGCUCCUCUCAUGUGUAAAGUGUACCUGGUGGAGGACGUGCUGAUGGACUUCCUGUUGGGGAUUCUGGAGGGAGGAGGUUCGGUAGAUGAACACCCGCUCAUACAGCAGCUCCUGGAUCUGUUCUGGCUGCUGAUGGAGGACUAUGAAGUGAACGAGUGUCUGAAGCAGCUGAUGAUGUCCCUGCUGAGGGCCUACCGCUUCUCCCCCAUCAUCCCCGACCUUGGUUUCCAGAUCCACUACCUGCGUCUGACCACGGCCAUCCUGCACCACGAGAAGUCCAGGAAGUACCUGCUCAACAACGUCCUGUUUGAUGUUCUGCGCUCAGUCGUGUUUUUUUACAUCAAGACUCCUCUGAGGGUGAAGGAGGCGGGGCUGGAGGAGCUCAUUCCCACCACCUGGUGGCCCACGCACUUCGACAAGGAGGGAAAAGACGAGCGGGAGCCCAAAGACGAGAGCGCAGAUGAGCGACUGAGACGGAGAGCGUACGAGAGAGGCUGUCAGAGACUGAAGAAGAGGAUCGAAGUGGUUGAAGAGUUGCAGGUUCAGAUCCUGAAGCUGCUGCUCAACAACAAAGACAAAACAACAGGAGAAGCCUCUCGAUACAUUUUCCUCAAUAAGUUCAGGAAGUUCCUCCAGGAAAAUGCCAGCAACAGAGGGCACCCCACAGCUCUGUGUCCUCCAGAGUACAUGGUGUGUUUCCUCCACCGCCUCAUCACAGCCGUGAGAGCGAGCUGGGACGAAGGCAGCAGGAAGAGUCUGAGCAGCAUCAGCAGUGAAGAGGCCUACGUCCCCCCCCAGCUCUUCUACAACGGCAAGGUGGACUACUUUGACCUGCAGAGACUGGGGGGGCUCCUGUCCCACCUGAAGAAAACACUCAAAGAUGACUUGGCCAGUAAAGCCAACAUCAUCAUCGACCCUGCGGAGAUCCAGGCCACGUCUAUGGACGACCUGGACGAGGACGAGGAGAGCGGAGCAGCUCAGAGGCCGUUUGGUGCGGCGGCGAUGGGCGGAGCUCUGGCGAGGCCCAGCUGGUUGAGUUCUCCCACCCUGGGUCGAGCCAAUCGCUUCCUGAGCACGGCCGCCGUCAGUCUGAUGACCCCCAGACGACCCCUCACACAGCCGGAGAAGGUGAAGGUUCGCACGCUCGCCGUGGAACAGAGGACUGAAGAGGACAUCGAGGGAAGCCAUGGUAACGACGGCCUGUUGCUGGGACGACCGCUAGAGGAGCCCGAUCAGCCAAUCACAGACAAGUCCCUGCUGGAGAUAGUUGACGGGAUCGUGAUGAUGUACAACCUGAGUGUCCACCAGCAGCUGGGGAAGAUGGUGGUGGUUUCAGAUGACGUCCAUGAAUACGCUGUCGCUCUGAAGGACACGGAGGAGAAGAUCGCACGCUGCCCUGCCAGAAGACCAGACAUCCUGGACGAGCUCCAGAAGAGCCAGAAGGUUUUUGCAGAGAAGCUGAACCACCUCAGCAGGAGACUAGCCUGGAUCAACGCCACCAUCUACUCCAAGGAGAAGAUGCUGGACGUGUACUGGCUGCUGUGUGUUUGUAUUCGGACCAUCGAACAUGCAGACAACACCGGCUCUUUGUUCGCCUUUGCUCCAGAGUUCUACCUCAACGUGGCCAUGAAUGCGUACAGCGCUUUGAAGAACUACUUCAGCCCUGCAAACAGCAUGGAGGAGCUGCCAGGCUACGAGGACACCUUGACCCAGCUAGCUGCUAUCCUCGCCAAGCACUUUGCAGACCCUCGUAUAGUAGGAACAGAUAUCAAAGACUCUCUGAUGCAGGCCCUGGCCAGCUACGUCUGUUACCCACAAUCCCUCAGGGCAGUGGAGAGGAUCCCAGAGGAACAACGGGUGGCCAUGAUGAAGAACCUGCUGGCCCCGUAUGAGCAGAGACCCUGGGCUCAGACCAACUGGAUCCUGGUCCGACUGUGGAGGGGUUGCGGUUUUGGCUACAGAUACACUCGUCUUCCUCACCUGCUGAAAACCAAACCUGAGGACGCCAACCUGCCCAGUCUGCAGAAGCCGUGUCCGUCGUUGCUGCUGCAGAGACACAUGGCAGAGCUGCUGAGCAUGGACAAAGACAUGGCCGCCUCGUUCCUCAACAGCGUCCUGAACCAGCUCAACUGGGCCUUCUCCGAGUUCAUCGGCAUGAUCCAGGAGAUCCAGCAGGCUGCAGAGCGUCCAGAGAGGAACUUUGUGGACACUCGUCAGCUGAAGGUGUGUGCGACCUGCUUCGACCUGUCGGUCAGUCUGCUGCGGGUGCUGGAGAUGACCGUCACUCUGGUUCCCGAGAUCUUCCUGGACUGGUCCCGUCCGUCUGCAGAGCUUCUCCUCAGGAGACUCGCUCAGCUGUUGAACCAGGUGUUAAACAGAGUGACGGCUGAGAAGAACCUGUUUGAUCGAGUCGUCAACUUGAGACUGCCAGGUCUGGAGAGCGUGGACCACUACCCCAUCCUGGUGGCUGUUACAGGGAUCCUGGUUCGAAUCCUGGUGGAUGGCGACAGACAGGGGAUAUCUCGGGCUGCCUCCGUCCUGCUCUCUGACCCCUGUUUCCAGCUCCACUCCAUCCAGCACCUGUUGGGAGAGGGAGGAGACUCCUCCAGCUCCUCGGCAGCCGUCACCUCCACCGCCGCCCGUCCGGUCAUCGGGUCCUUGGGGUCGACCGUGGCCCCCGCCAUCCCUUCAGCCGCCGGGAACACUUCAGAGCGCAAGCACUUCUCCCUGCACGCAUACACAGACUACAUCAGCGAGGAGGAGAAGCAGAAGGUGGAGCUGAUGUUGGCCUUCCUCACAGAAGAAUCCAAACAGGCUGCAGCGAGCACAGCUCCGACCAGUGAGGAAGACCUCUGCCCCAUCUGCUACGCUCACUCCAUCUCCGCCAUCUUCAAGCCCUGCUCCCACAAGUCCUGCAAAGCCUGUAUCAACCAGCAUCUGAUGAACAACAAGGACUGUUUCUUCUGCAAAGCCACCAUCACUGGGGUCGAAGACUACAGCAAGCCGGCCUCGUCCUAACAAACACACGCACAGAUACACACCUCACACACACACACACACACACACACACACACACACACACACACAGGUUAGCUGUUCAGAUCAUAGCUGAGGUGUCAAACACUCAUCUGACGCUGCUCAAACAUCAGUCCACAUAUCAGUGAACCCAAAGAUUCUCACAGAGAUCUGUACUGUAGGUGUGUGUGUGUGUGUGUGUGUGUGUGUGUGUGUGUCUUUCUCUUUACAGACGAACUGAUGUGAGAUUUUUGAGCAAACGUUUGUUGAACUCUGUUUCUGGUUUGAAACUCUGGAGCUUGACUUUAUGGAGGAAACAGGUACCAGUUAGAGUAGAUGGUAGACGUGUGUGUGAGUGAAUAUGUUGUGUGUACAGUACAGUAAACGUGUGUGUGUGUGUGGACAGACGUCGGGUGAAUUCUUUUCACAUGGGAAGGUUUUGAUGUGUGACACAGACGCAGUUAGACUUAUAUUCAGGCUGACGUGUUGGUCACAGACACACACACUUAUUCACACACCUGGUCAACCUAAAGACAUCUGAAAAUAUUUCUAAAGCAGCGGUCCAGCCUGAGUUAGGACCAAUCAGAUCGUGCUCCCCCAAAAAGGUCGUCUAUGUUGUCCUUAUUAAAGCCACGCCCCUGCACCUGCUGCUGUGGACUGGAGACGUGCUGACUGACAUCUGCUGUAUGUAAUACUCUAUCUAUGGAUAAGUACCUCGUACAGCUCCAUUUAACAAAACGUAACUAUCCCUUUAAUGUAGAGUUACUGUGGUUAGCUUUAGGAAGAGAAACACGGUGACGUCGUACCUUAAAAUGCCUCAAAGUUGGCACAGUUCUGAACACCGCCUUGUGGGGAAAGUCCUGUGUUUUAUGACCCAUUCACCACCUAGACCUUCCUCCUGACUCGGCCACUCAGGAACGCUUCCUUCUGUUCUCCCAUCGCACGUUGGUCACGUGAUCACAGCCUCCAAAGAUGCGUGGGUUUGCACGGAUUGCUGGUUUAUCAUUACGUAGGAUACGUAUGAAUUUUGGUGAAUUACUUUGUGUAGGUAGACGCAGGAACAGAACAUGAGAGCAGCCUGUUGAACCCAAACUUUUCCUAAAUCUAAACAAAAUGUGACGUUAAAUCGUAGUUACUGAAUGUAACUCCAGUUCUGUGAAUACAAGCGCCUGGCGUCCAUACUCUCCAACAGUCAGAUGUUUUUUGGAAGUCAAACCACCAAUUAUGCCCCUCAGGUACGAGGACGUGUUGCCCCGCAAGAUCAUUGACGGGUUAAAAACAAAAGCUUCUUAAAUCUUCUUUUUUUUUGUUACAUAGGAAUAUCCUGCCCCGUUUUUAGGUCGAACUCUUGACACUGCGCGUCCACACUGAAGCUGAAACCUUCGCAGAGGAAUCAUUUCUACACAUUGUUUUAUUUUAAAUCACUGUUUCAGAUUAUUUCAGGUUGGUACAGAUUCAUAAAGUCCAACAUGUCAGAGACAUUUAAGGUACGUAUAUAAAGCAAAUAAGAGUCAUGGCAGGAUGGAGCCUAAAAUCCCAGCAUGCACUGGGAGAGAGAAAAUGGGAAACAGUUUGUUGCUCAGUUGCAGGUUUAAUGGCAGGCCGACACACCGAACAGCUGAUUGAACUCAGAGUUUGGCUGAAUUUUUGCAUUGAUUGGUUUUUGUUUCAUGUUGAGUUAAAGCGUCGUACGUUGAUGUGUCUGUUAUGCUGACAUAGAUACAGACAAUAGAUGACACAAGAGGGCGGAGUCAAACGAGGCGACAGUGGAGGAGGUUGUGAUGUUGUACCUUUAAACGUAUGCAGCGUUGUAGACGGCGAUGGUUUGUGAGGUCAUUAAAUACGUCCUGACAUGUGGACAGAAGAUCAUUUCGCUGUUUUACACAUUUGUUCCACCAUUAUUUAAAUGUCUUUGAUGUCUCCUUUGGUCGUAUCUCGCUUAAAUUACGCUACUCCGCCUCCACCAUCUCUGGCGGCUCUGUUCUGUUUCGUCCGUAUCUGUAAUCUUUCAGAAAACGUGCACAAAUAUGGAUGAAAUGAACGCCGAAGGCGCCGUCUGUCUCUGUAUCUAACGUUAAGCAUAAACGAGCCCGUAGAAGUCGUGACACCAGACGGGUCUUUGACAUUAAAACAGAAUCUCAGAGUAACGCUGCUUUUCUCUUUGUCAGUAUUUGAGGACCCAGUCGACUUGUUUGGGAAAACUUUAUUAGAAAUGUCUACGGUCUCAACCAAUCAGGGAUCUCGUGUUUACAUUCAGGGACAGAGUCAUAUGUUGAAGAGUGAGAACAUUUAGGAUGAAUUAAGACGUAAAGCUUCAUAAACGUUCAGAGAGAAGCUGCAGCUUGAACUACGACCUCACUUUGUCACGUCGGGUUUAAAACUGAGGACUUUUUACAGUUUAAGAUCCCAGGCUGAGUCUGAGGUCAUACUGCAGCGACCAGAGAGCACCACACGUCUGUGUUCUCUUAAAAAACAACAACAACAAAGAACUCAUGAUGUAGAGACACACACACAUAAAACAGAAGAGUCCUCGGCAAAGGACAGCAGCGCCCUUCAGCGUGAGAGCUAGCUGUCAUAUUAACACAACAAUUCACCUCUACCUGUCAGUGCAGGGACAACACACACACACACACACACACACACACACACACACACACUUACACAGGCUCUUACAGGGGAACAGGAUGGCAGGUGUGUACCAUACAUCAUCACACAGACAGGGAACAAAGGAAAACACAUACCUCACCUUCACACUGGGUGGAUUCAUGACGGGGCCGACAAGGUGCAGACACCGGGGCCCGAGGUCAGAGAGCCAAUGGCUUUAAAGAGACACAAAACAACCAUGAUGAGCGAACAUGUAGAGACUGUAAAGAACCCUCAAGAGACACCAAACUACUGUGAGGAGAAACAAAACAACUGUGAAGAGAUGCUGAACAACCACGGCCAUGAAGAGGAGCACAAUGACCAAAAUGAGACACUAAACAGUGGAACGACCACGAAGAGAAACAAAAAGAAACAAAACAACCACGAUGAGCGACCACGGAGAGACGCUGACCUCCAAGAGGCACAAAACAAAACCACUGGGAAGAGAAACAAAAUGGACACUGAAUGACCAGAAGGAGUCUGAGGGAGAUGACAAAGUUCGUUCCUAUGGAGGCGGGUUGGGGGGCCGUUUACAUGUCUGUGCCCAGGGGCCCGUGGUCUCAUAAUCCAGCUGUGACCCGACCUACAGGCAGACUCACUCACAUCAGAGUACUGUAACAGUAUCAGACACACAGUGUUGGUACCAUCAGCGGUGCAGGGAGCAGGUUUACAGCCAUCUGACUUAAAACAGACUUUACAGACUUUGACAGAGUCAGUUUUAAGAUAUCUUCAUGUACACACUCUGUGCAGUCACACACAGUCACACUUUGAAUAACACUUAUAAUCUGUCGUGUAGAUGAAGACAAACCUGAUUUAGGAGUGAAGACGUCAGUUUGUCUUUGACGGCCACUGGCUGGAGGUUUUUAAUAUUAACAUACUGAAACUGCUGUGAUGUAACUGUACUCCCAAACACCCUGCUGUCCAUCAUGUCCUCAAAGUAUUCACAGAGACUUGCAGUACAUUUCUAAACCUAAAAAGACAGUUCACGCUGAAGGAAACCCCCAGAAACUCAGCCGUUAGCUUCUGUCACUGAACUGAUUGUGAUCUUUAGGAAUGGUGACCUUUAUAAGCUUCAUUACAAUAAGCCCAUAUCAGAUUUAACCUCCACGACUGUCCUCUCAGUAACUAAAGUGUCAGUUUGUAAUAUUUGUGUCUGACAACAAACAGCUGGAUCCAUUGAUCCUCCUGUACGUGUCGUGCAUGUUUAAAGCCUUCUGAUUGUGGUUUUUAUCUUUCUUUAAAAGCAGUUUGAAGCAUCACUCGGAUGUUAAAGAGGAAACUGGAUAUUAAAGUAACAAACUGACAUUGUGAUAAUUUAGGCUGCUGUCAGCCCUAGAGUGGUCUCCUCUGGUCUGAAUCAGGGACUCAUGUUGUUCCAAAGUUGUAUAAUUGCCUAGAGUUGGUUGGUGUUCUCACGGCAGCAUUUACAAGAGGACCAGAUCAAAUGCCUUGUGUGAGAAAGCUGCUCUUGAUUGGUCAGAAUUUCCAUGUGGGAAAAAUCCAGGAAGUAAAGCAAACGUUGAAGAACAGUACACUUGCAAGAUAAAUGUGACACUUUCUAAUGUCACAAUGGAGGGACAACUACGCAGGUUGAUUUUAGCGCUGCUCAUCGUGGACUAUAUUGCUGUCAUUGUUCAUUUUAGUCAAAGCAUACAGUUUGAAAACGAGGCAAACGCGGCUCCAACUAGAAAACAAUGUUUUGAUGCAUUGGAUGUGCUGAAUGUGCAUAUUAAGGCAGUACAGGAGGAGGUGCACAUUAAUAAUCCUCCAGGACUGUAACAUGCUCAUGUUUAACCCAAACAAUGUGUCAUGUGACUGCAGUUGCUUCACAUCCAGGUCGCAACACCUUCUCACCACAAACCAACCGCACCAGAGUUCCUUUGGAACCGGACUGAGACCACCUCUGAAAUUAAAAAAGGAAAAUGAAAUCAUAUAAAAGAAAAUGAUGAGAAAUUAGUGUUGUUUUCCAUUUUAAAAUGUUUAAACCAGUUAUUAUCCAGUUUCCUUUUUAAUCAGGAGGUUUUUAAUUAAUUAUUAUUAUUUUAUUUUUUUUAAAGAUAUAUUUUUGGGGGCAUUUUUGCCUUUAAUUGAUAGGACACUGAAGCAUCGGGGGUGGAGUUGAGCCCUGGCCUCUGCGGCAACAGCCCUGUACAUGGGGCGCCUGCUCUAUCCACUAAUCCACCAACACCCCUAUUUUAUUUUAAUUGUGGGUAGAAUGAUUAAUAUACUCAAUACUCAAACAUUGAAAGUGAAAAGUAAACUGAAAAGACUUACUGAAAUAAUAAACUAAACUGAAGCUCCUUGAUGUUGCAGCUGGUAAAGUGUCAGUGUCACUUUUCAAACAGCUUUCAGUUUCACUUCUUCAUAAAACAGAUUGUGUUGGUUUUUAAUGUUUCAUCUCUGGAGUUUUUUAAAUGUUAACUGCAGUUUGUUUCAUUUGCUUUGUAAGUUUCCGUGAUCCAAAACCAUGAUAAUAAUCUGAAGCCUAGCAGAGUGAACUUUGAGUGAGAUUUUGUUCCUGUUUAUCUGGUGUUACUCUGACAAAUGAAUGAUUCACCAAAUAUAUAUAUAUAAAAAAAAAACAUAAAGUGAUGUAAGCCCAAAGUUUGGAUCUGACUGGGAAUGUUGAUGGACAUGUGCUCAUUAUGUUUCACAUACUGGGUCUUCACUGAUAUCUGUGUGUGUGUGUGUGUGUGUGUGUGUGUGUGUGUUAACUAUAUGAACUGACAGCGGUACUAGUAUUUGAAGCAUGCAUUAGAGUGAGCAGAGUGUGUAUUGCAGUGGUUUACUGAGAGCUUCAGUGGUGCUGGUGGAGGGAUUUAGAGGCUGCACUGAGCAAUAUUACACCAACAUUUAUUUGUUUCCUGUUUACCCAUUUGUCUUUUUUGGACAAAGAAGGAGGAAAGAGAAGAUGGGGAUGGACAGGCUUAUUGUUUUCUGUUUCUCCUUUGUGGGUGAGAGUGCACAUACUGUUGAAAAUGUAACUGCAUUAAAUUAUUUAUCCCAAAAUUACAAACUA